GUAGUUUAUCUGAGUGCGCGUAGCGCGUCGGACGCGCGUCCCCGUUUUGGCACUGAGGAUACAGUGUGUAGGAACCCAGCGCGUCCUCCACUCUCCUCUAACCUCCUCGCAGCGAGACGCGCGACUCUAAAGGAUGCUUCACCAUAUGCUUCUCGUUACCGCUGAGUUUGGGGUUUGGAUGUAGGCGAUCCAUCGGGCGCGCAGCGAGUUCUGGAUUUAGUUGCGUCGCUGGCACGGCUUUCUGUCCUCGCCUGUGAGAAGACGUUGCGGGUGAUGGUGAAGCGCGUCUUGCGCGCUGCCCCUCGUUUCCUCGAUCCUUCCUCGGGACAGGACAUUUGGCGAAGGGAAAUGUGAGGAACGCUUGAAGAAUGGCAUGUAAACAUGGUUUCUGCCAAAAAGGAGAUGGUGACUGCGAUGUACCCCACAUCUAUUUCCACUCUCCUCUACUUUCUCUGUGCGGCGGCUUGCAUAAAGAGAAUAUCCGGACAAAUAAAAAAGGAUGAGAAAUUAUACCCAGCGAAUUUCACGCGCAUUCUCGAUCGACUCCUGGAUGGAUACGACAACAGACUUCGACCUGGAUUUGGGGGUCCAGUCACAGAAGUGAAGACAGAUAUUUACGUGACGAGUUUCGGGCCCGUGUCCGAUGUGGAAAUGGAGUACACCAUGGACGUGUUCUUCCGUCAGACGUGGGUGGACAGACGCUUGCAGUAUGAAGGUCCGGUGGAGAUCCUCCGCUUAAAUAAUCUCAUGGUAACCAAAGUUUGGACCCCCGACACGUUCUUCAGGAAUGGGAAAAGAUCCGUGGCUCACAACAUGACGGCGCCCAACAGACUCUUCAGGAUCAUGAAGAACGGAACCAUCCUCUACACCAUGAGGUUGACAAUAAGCGCAGAAUGUCCCAUGAAGCUGGUGAAUUUUCCCAUGGAUGGUCACUCCUGUCCGCUCAAGUUCGGCAGCUAUGCGUAUCCCAUGACAGAGGUGAUCUACACCUGGACUAAAGGCCCUCAGCAUUCUGUGGAGGUCCCACCCGAAUCAUCCAGCCUGGUCCAAUAUGACCUGAUCGGACAGACCGUGUCCAGUGAAACAGUGAAAUCCAUCACAGGUGAAUAUGUGGUGAUGACGGUCUUCUUUCACUUGAAACGGAAAAUGGGCUACUUCAUGAUUCAGACGUACAUCCCCUGCAUCAUGACUGUCAUCCUUUCUCAAGUGUCUUUCUGGAUAAAUAAGGAGUCUGUGCCCGCCAGGACCGUCUUUGGAAUCACUACAGUCCUCACCAUGACCACCCUCAGCAUCAGCGCCCGUCACUCUCUGCCCAAGGUGUCGUACGCCACGGCUAUGGAUUGGUUCAUUGCUGUGUGUUUCGCUUUCGUGUUCUCGGCCCUCAUCGAGUUUGCCGCGGUCAACUACUUCACCAACGCACAGGCGGAGAGAGCCAAGAGAAAACAGACCAAAGCAGCGGCCGCCGCCAACGCCAAGAGCUCCACCGCUGCGUCAGGAAAAACUAAAGACUCAGAAGAGGUCCUGCAGCAGUCGAACUCGGACACCAACGGUAACCUGCGCAAGCGUGUGAACUCCAGCCUUCAGUCCCAGCCCGAGGGCAAGAAAGUCCAAAGAACGGAAGCGUCCGCCAAGAGCGGAACGGCCUCGUCCAAACCCACUCUGACCAGCCAAUCAUCUUCCACCUCAGAGGGUACCAGCAGCUUCUCCAGCCAAUCACGUCUCAGCCCCAGUUCCGCCUGCCAAUCCAAUGCAGCCGCUUCCUCCUCGGCCUCCAAGACCACGCCCCCGGCCCCGCCCUCUACACCGACGGUUCCCGAAAAGUCUUCCCCCGGCACGGCUCCCGGCACUCUUCAUCUCCUCGGGCCUAAAUUAGAAAACAUUAAAAAGAAGGAACCCAAAUCCUCGCCGACCGCCCAACCCGCACCUCCCGCCACCGGAGGAGCCAGCAAGAUCGACGAAUACGCCCGGAUUUUGUUCCCGGUGUCCUUUGGGGUGUUUAACAUGGUUUAUUGGGUGGUUUACUUGUCCAAAGACACCAUGGAGGCCAAGAGAGGCUAACACGCUUGUUUCCAUUCCUUUUUCUACAACGUUUUGCUGAAGAAAUGAAAGAUCCCUUCAAGGAUUAAAGCAGCCCAGAAAUCAAACUGUAAUGUGGCGUAAAAGUGGACAGACGUCGAGUAAGCGCCUCAAGAGAUUAUCCGGGUGAAAUUAAAGCCAAACCUUUUCUUCUUGAUUGUCGAAAAAGGGCCGUGCGUGAGAUUAAGCAUGUGGAUGUAUGAAAAUAAGUCAUUCAAAACAAGCAAUCUCACAGGAAUGAAUCGUAGAUUUAUCUGUUGUCCGUUGGAAUUGCCAGAUUUCUGCUCGCUCCUAUUUCCCGCCGGACACGCUGAAGCAGGGACGAUGCUGUUGAGUACAGAAGAUCAAACCAGGGCCAUUUAGUCUAUUUUUCUAUAGAGACACGACACCUUCUUCAUUCACGAAGGAUAUGACGCCAUCGGAAAAAUGCUCUCUUUAGGUGACGAUGUGGAGAGAUUCCACACAUAUGCAUGUCUUUCAUUUUUUCAAGAAACUUAUAAGUCGUAAAAGCACAAGUUAUGAUUUUCUCUCGUUGUUUUCUAAGUUGAAUGGCUUUUACGGUCGUUUCAUUUUGCUUUCGUUCAUUUUCGUCUUAUAGCUUAUGCAUUCUCUGCUGUUAAGAGGAAAGUGUGACAUAGGGGAGGUUGUUUAAGUGCGUGUGGUCCCCGGAGACGGGCGCCGUGGCAACCGCGCAGAUGCUCCAAGAGUCAAUGUGAACAGCAGGCGGGUUAAGGAGACAUCUGGGGUUGUCUUGCGAUGAUAAACUCCUCCAAUCCUCACAGGGCUGUAAAUUGGAUCUUCCCAUUGAUCGGUUGAGGUGUUCAGUGUCCACCGAACAUAAGUAAUCUCACAAAAAGAAUAGUUCACCCAAAAAUAGAUAUUCGGGUCAUCGUUUAUAGAAAGUUCACAGCAUAAAUGUGAAUGGUCUUCCAGGCAUUAAUGGUGAUGAAUAGAGACAGACACUGUUAAGAUUGCGUCUGUGAAUGGUGUGUGAGAAGCAGAGCGAUUGAGAGUAAGGCUGUGUUCACGUUUGACUUGACAAUGGCGCUUUUUUAGGAAAAAUAAACUUGCAGCAUUGUGGUGACAAAUAGCAGCCAGAAAUGUUCAGAGAUAGCAUUUGUGCACGAAGGCAGCUUAGAGAGACAGGCUUCAUAGGCCGUGUAACGGAAUUCUAUUUGAAUUAUAAACAGACAGCGUCUUUGCCAUAACCAAUAAAAAAAUAAAAUACUAAUUUCUCGCUAGAAAUGAAAUCAAAAGUUGUCGAAAGUGAAAAUUAAACUUACAUAUCCACAAAACUAUGCUCCAACGGGAGUUUCGGCUGCCAUUUUAUGUUUUUGAGCAUAAGCCUUCUUGACCAAUCACGUUCCUCACAUGUUGAUGAGGGCUGUGAAAAAGGUGCUUUUUUCAGAAAGGUGGAACUUUUUUAAACCUCAGAAGACGCUCUGAGCUGCAGGAAAGAUGCCGGCGCUAGCAUUUUGAACAGCGCUUCCGGUUUACUCCAUAGGAUUAUAAUGUAAAUCGUACGCUAGCAGCUUCAAAAAAGAAGUCAAGAGUGAAAACGGCCUUAGUCAUCUUCAAGACUUGUCAUAACUUCUUAAAAUCAGUCACAUAAAAAGGUUGAUGGAGUUAAUUGAAACAUGAAAAGUAAUACUGACCUAACUAAUAGCUAGUCAGUGAGACAAAUUGUUAGCGGCUAAGUUAAUGCUACUGGACUUUUUCGAAAACACGGUUUCCUCCAUAGGAUUCAAAUGUAAAACAGACGCGAGCAGCUUCAAGUCAAAUCUGAAUAUAGCCUUAGAGAGUGAGAGAUUUAAUGAUGAUGGAAUGUUUUUUUAGGUGAACUGUCUCUUUAAGUUUGAUGAAUCUCACCGUCAGCUCUUCUGCUGUGUGGAAGACACAAAAAAACUGCUCUGAUUUAGAGAAAUGAGGUCACACCCUUCUGAUUUCUCAUACUGAUGGCAUUCAUUUCACUACUCUGUUCAAAUGUAACAAAAGCAGAUAUAUAUACAUACGCAUAGCAUUUAUAUCACACAUUUGGUUUGUUAAUCAGAACUAUACAAUGAAUUAAAGGAUAUCUUGAUUCAUUAGAAAUGUGUAUGUGUGU